UCCUCUUCAUCUCCCAACCUCUCCCUCCCUCCAAAUCAGUCUCUUUCUCCUUUUCUCUUCUCAAACUUGGAAGUUCCUCUCUUUCUUUCUUAUCUUUUUUACCCAGCUUCUAUCUUUCUCUGCUGCCAUGGCAGUAGCAGAGCUCUCAACCCCUUCAUUCACCAACACCCGCCUUGUUCACCCAUCCAAGCUCUCCUUCUCAACCACCCAUCUCCACUCUCACCGCCGUCUUGCUUUUCCACCUCUCUCUCGCACCCAAAAUGCUAGAAUCUCUUGCUCUCUUGCACCCAAUCAAGUUCAAGCUCCUGCUCCUGCGCAAACUGAAGAGCCCAAGAACAAGCCCGAGUGUUAUGGCGUGUUUUGCCUCACCUAUGAUCUCAAAGCUGAAGAAGAGACAAAAUCCUGGAAGAAAUUAAUUAAUGUUGCGGUCUCAGGUGCAGCUGGAAUGAUUUCUAAUCAUCUACUGUUCAAACUUGCGUCGGGUGAGGUUUUUGGGGCAGACCAACCUGUUGCAUUGAAACUACUGGGAUCUGAAAGAUCAUUUGAAGCUCUCGAAGGAGUUGCUAUGGAAUUGGAGGAUUCCCUAUUUCCUCUGUUGAGGGAGGUGAUCAUAAGUAUUGAUCCAUAUGAGGUGUUCCAAGAUGUUGACUGGGCUCUACUAAUAGGAGCAAAGCCUAGAGGUCCUGGAAUGGAACGAGCUGAUUUGUUGGAUAUAAAUGGGCAGAUCUUUGCAGCGCAGGGAAAGGCUCUUAAUGCUGUUGCAUCUCGUAAUGUCAAGGUGAUUGUGGUUGGCAACCCUUGUAACACAAAUGCACUAAUUUGUUUGAAAAAUGCUCCGAACAUUCCUGCUAAAAAUUUUCAUGCUUUGACACGGCUGGAUGAAAAUAGAGCAAAAUGUCAGCUGGCCCUCAAAGCUGGUGUCUUCUAUGAUAAAGUUUCAAACGUGACCAUCUGGGGAAAUCAUUCUACCACUCAGGUCCCAGAUUUCUUAAAUGCUAGAAUUGAUGGCUUGCCUGUCAAAGAGGUCAUCAAGGAUCACAAGUGGUUAGAGGAGGAGUUUACACACAAGGUCCAGACGAGAGGAGGUGCUCUCAUAAAAAAGUGGGGAAGAUCUUCAGCUGCAUCAACUUCCGUGUCGAUUGUAGAUGCCAUAAAGUCCUUGGUUAAUCCUACCCCUGAGGGCGACUGGUUUUCUUCUGGUGUUUACACCAACGGAAAUCCCUAUGGUAUAGCAGAGGAUAUAGUAUUCAGUAUGCCAUGCAGAUCCAAAGGGGAUGGAGAUUAUGAACUUGUGAAGGACAUAAAAUUUGACGAUUAUCUUCUCAAGAGAAUAACAAAGAGUGAAGCUGAGUUACUAGCUGAGAAAAGAUGUGUUGGUCACUUAAUUGGGCAGGGUAUUGCUUUUUGUGAUUUGCCCGAGGACACUAUGCUUCCUGGAGAGAUGUAAUUGUAACCAGAUAAUUCUAUAUCUUGAAAACUUCCACGAAAGCUACAACAAUGAGCAAAUGGAUCAAACCAUACGAUAUUUGUUUAUGUAGAGUAAGUAUGAAAAUAAAUUAGAGGGGAAUAACAUCAAAUCAUUUGUCAAAUCUUGAGAUUGUAAUAAGUUUCUUACAUUGUGCAGGAUAGAGCUUGAACUAAUACAUAUACCUUUUUGUAAUUGUAUGAUUGUUUGUUUAGUUUCUUGUGGCCUAAAUGUAAGUAGUUGCAGACAACUAUUGAAUUCAGAAAUGAUAUAUGAUUCUUAAGAUCCA